AAUACUUUCUCUCUAAAGACACACCAUAUACGCAACCAGUUAUUAAAAGAUUAUUUUGUUAUUUGCCAUUCCGUUAGCGUUAGUUUGAAUUAUCAGUGAAUUAUUCAAAAUGUGUGCCUAAAUUUAUAUCCUUUUAAGGUUAUAAUUUCUAGAUUGUUCAGUAUGUUAGACAAUUAAAGAAACGAGAGAGAAAGUACAUUUCAGAGACUUAAGUUUCGUUCGAGUUUAUCUCAACCCAUCCCCCAAUUAGAUCAAUAUGUUAAAGUGAACCAUAGAUUUUCCACCGUCCAUCAUGGCGUGUCGUUGUUGACCAACUUAUUUGAGAAAGAUAAGAUAAAAUAGAAUUACCAUAUAUCAUCAUGUUGUUAGGAGAAUCAGUUUUCAGUGCUUUUGCAGAGCCCCCAUCGGCUAAACCAGUCGACCUCGAGGAUUUGCUCUUGGAUACGAGGGGUUCUCAUCUUGAUGAUCACAAUGCUGAUCAAGCUCUACGUUCCAAUCCGGGCCUUACGAUUUCACCUUUUGAGAUCCAUUCUUCUGUUAUAGGUUCUAUAUUUGAGGAUCCAGAUGCCGAAACAGCUCCAAUGUUCGAGCCAAGAGAGGAUUCUUCCUCUUGGGAGCCACUUUUCAAGGAAGAAGAUGAUCUCAUCCAGUUAGCUACCCAGUCCACUUCUGCUAUUAAAGAGGAGAUUCUACCAAAGACAUCGGUGACCUCACCUUUGACAGACAUGGAGGAGUCCGCUCGUUUGGCUUCCUCUACUAGCGAAACUUCCACGCCUAAGAAAGAUCGCUUUGGAUGUACUCCUUACACUAGAAAGAAGAGGGCGCUUCCACUCGAACCUGUUGUUCCUGAAGGUGCUGAUGCUGUAGCUAUCAAGAGGGCUAAGAACACCGAAGCUGCUAGGAGGUCUCGUGCUCGUAAAAUGGAAAGAAUGUCUCAGCUUGAGGCAAAGUGUGAGUCGUUGAUGCAAGAAAACGAGUCUUUGAGAUCGGAAGUUGCUCGUCUCAAGGAUCUUCUGCAGCGCUCUUCGUAAAGUUUGUUUAGUAUUGUUUAGGAUAAAGCUGACUAUCAGAGAAAUUU